UUCCCAGAAUUGGGAAUUAGGGUUCUAGAGAAAAUCAUUAUUGAUCCUGUGAAUUCCGCGUUUUUGAACCAAAUUGCUGUAAGAUACAAUUUCGAUAUGCCUUUGUAUGUUGCUGUAAAUGUUUAUCUUGCUCCGAUUAACUCCAGCAGUAGCAGGAACACCGGCUUUGAACGCCUCAGGAUUGUCCCUUGCAACCAUUGAACCUCUCAAUGGUUGUAACUUUAAGAAGUGGAAGGAAUCCAUAGAGCUUUACCUUGGCCUUCAGGGAAUUGAUUGGUGUCUAACUGAGCCCGAACCGCUGAUAGAUGACACUAGCUCUGACCUAGUGAUUGUGAAACAUAGAGAAUGGGUUAGAGCCAACAAGAUGACCAAGCUUAUUCUUAAGCAAACCAUGACUGUUGUGGUUAGGGGGAGUAUUGCUGACAAAGACACAGCCACUGAGUUUAUGGCUGCUAUUGCUUUGAAGUUUCGAGAGAAUGAGAAGGCAGAGAUUUCUCUUCUGCUGGAUAUGUUGAUGGGGAUCAAUUAUGAUUCCUCUAAGAGUGUCCGUGAGCAUAUCAUGAAGAUCAUUGACAUCACCACUAGGCUUGGAGAUCUUGAGAUACCCCUGCCUGUUGAAUUUAUAGUGCAUCAGUCCCUAAGAACCCUGCCUGCCUUUUUUGGUCAGUUGAAGACCACUUAUUUUACACAGAAGGAUAAGUGGGAUUUGAAUGAGCUAAUAGCGAUAUGUGUGCAAGAGGAAGAUAGGAUCAAGAGGGAUGGACCACUUGUUGUGAAUCUGAUCUCAAAGUCGAAAUGGAAGGGAAAAGGCAAAGCUGUUGCCUCUAGUGCAGUUAAUUCUGGAGAAGGUACCAGUGGGACCAAGCCUUACAAACUUGGCCCCAAGAAAUCUGUGAACAGCAAGGGUAAGAAACCGGGAGUCUUCAAAUGCUUCUUUUGUAAAAAGGAAGGUCAUAUGAAGAAAAAUUGCCAGGGAUUCAAGGAUUGGAUGGCAAAGAAGGGGCUUUCUAAGCAAGAGAGCUCCAAGGAAAAAUAA